CUAUCGCCUGGUCCUGACUGCAGUCCAUUCAUCUCAUGGUCCAAGACAGAGACAUGGAGAUCGCCAGCUGCCUGACACUCAAAGAUCUGGCCAGCACUAAGAAAAGUAAAGGAGACCUAGAGAAAGAUGGCAGGAGCGCGCACAAGGAGAAUAUGUAUGACAGAUUCCGAAUAAGUCCAAGAAUACCACUGAAAGGAGAGCCCAUUGAUCUGUCAAAACAAAAGGGUCUCACCCCAGAGAAAUUUCCCAUCACCCCUGUGAAAGCAGUGGACCGACCUCUUGCAGACCCAUGGACACCCACCGCCAACCUAAAGAUGCUUAUUAGUGUUGCCAGUCCAGAAAUCCGAGAUCGGGAAAAGAAGAAAGAACUCUUCCGCCCAAUAGAAAACAAUGAGCCAGAGGACAUUGAGCCCGAUGCCCAACAGUUUGAGGCAACAGAUGACAUGGAUGAUUUGGAGAAGAGACCAAGUAGAAAACAAAAGAGUCUGGGGCUUCUGUGUCAAAAGUUUUUGGCUCGAUAUCCAAGCUACCCUCUUUCCACGGAGAAAGCUACCAUCUCUUUGGAUGAAGCUGCUUCAAGCCUUGGAGUGGAGCGGAGACGGAUCUAUGACAUAGUAAACGUCUUGGAGUCCCUGCACUUGGUGAGCCGUGUGGCAAAGAACCAAUACUGCUGGCAUGGACAGCACAACUUAAAAGACACCUUAAAAAACCUGCAGCGGGAGGGGGAAAGGCAGAAUUACAGCGCCCAAAUUGCCACGUUCCAGCACAAGGAUUUCGCAAUGGAGCCGAAGAAACACUGUUCCUUGAUAAACCAGGGCUCGCCUUCAUUGCAUUUGUCUGAGGUGGACUACCCAUCUGCAUCAGCCAGCAGUCGCAAGGAUAAAUCACUGAGGAUCAUGAGCCAGAAGUUUGUCAUGCUUUUCCUUGUAUCAACCACCAAGAUUAUCACUCUUGAGAUCGCAGCCAAAAUCCUCAUUGAGGAGAGUCAAGAUGUUUCUGAUCACAGCAAAUUUAAAACCAAGGUACGACGUCUUUAUGACAUAGCUAAUGUCCUGACUAGUCUUGGGCUAAUUAAGAAAGUCCAUGUAACAGAAGAGCGUGGAAGAAAGCCUGCAUUCAAGUGGAUUGGUCCUACUGAUUUCAAAAUGGAAGGUGACCAGAAGAUGGAAGCCACUACUACUACUCCGUUACCAGAUUCUACAAGAGAAGGUUGUAUUGCCACAAGUGAUGGCAGCAAGCAGAGACUGCUACGUCAUUCAUCGUUUAACCACAUUCAGGCUAUCAAUACUGUGAAAAGGAAGGUCUGCUCUGAGCCCUGUAGCCCCCACAAGUCUAAAAAAGUUUCUGUGGAGGGCACCGAUACUUAUUCAUCAAAGAUGGCACAUUUAGCUGCUAUCUGCAGACAGAAGAUUGAAGAAGACUGCAAGAACCAGAUGGUUACUACAGAUAAACUGUCCAAUGGGAACCUUGGUCCUUUGCCAUUCUCAGUUGUUGUCCCUGUACCUGUGGGUUCUGAGUAUUGUGUUAGGCACCGUGUUGAUCAGGAGAGCUCUGUUCCUCAGAAUGAUAUGAGUACACUAAAGUUUAUAACCCCCUCUAACUUGGACCACAGUAGUCAUGGAUUUCCACCUAACCAGCCAUACAUGUAUGUUCCGUCCACAUCUGUCUUAAUGUUCUGUGGCAAUCCUCCUGGGGAGAAAGGUUUGGAUACACAUCGCAGAGAAGACCGUACGUCUCCAACUUCAGAUCUAAGCAGCAUGCCUGAAAGCAGCCAACCAGCCAAGAGACAAAUGACCAGCAGUAGUGAUGAUGCCCCCCUUUCUUUGGUUGUACCAAAGAACAUCUGGACACCUGAGACACCUUUUUAUGAUACCAGUAUUCAGCAUAAAUCACCAGAGUGUUAUGAAGAGGGAAAACAUUUAGACUCCACUCAUGCUGUACAGAAGGUGUUCCAGCCAAAUGGCAUUCAACAUGGCUUAAAUACCAAAGAUGAGACCCUGCAAGCAAGUCUUAACCCAACUGCACCACCACAGUAUUUUUAUCUUCCCUCAACAGCUGGUAAGUUAUUUUCGUGUGUGUUAUUUUUUUUUUUGAUUUUUUUUUUUCAUUCUAUGGGCCUUCCUCAGAGUCAGCUGCCACAGGUCAAUGUUCCCUAUGUGAUGGUGCCAUCUACAGCUCUUGCUGCAUUCCCAUUCAUCUGCUCUCCUGCCAACCCACUCUCUGCUGUCUCUAGUGGGCCUGCUACUAAUCCUGGUGGUAUGAAUUACAGCCUACCUGGCAUGGCUUCUCCUUCACAUAUCAUGUUUGGUGCACCACCAGUAGGAUCUCCUCCACUAUGUGAAACUUCCCUAGAAUCACCAUCAGCUCUUCCUCCAGUGUGUGUGAGUCCAGUGCCUGGAAAACUCGCCUGUUCUACAGCUGCAGACUCCCCUGUGUGUGUUGUCCAGCCUGUGCCUAUCAAACCACACCAGUCGCCAUUAACUCCAAAGAGUAUACGUCCAGUUCACAAAGACACGUUCUUUAAGACGCCUGGCAGUUUGGGAGUGCCUUCAACUCUUCAGAAGAACGAGAGGUCUCAAGCCAGGAACUCAAGCUCUGCCCAGAGGAGACUAGACAUCUGCUGUAGCUCAGAUGAUUGA